AGGGAGAGUCCACCACUGCAACUGGCAGGGCAUUCGACCCAGGUCCCAUCACCCAUUCCCGGGCCCCAUCACCCAGUCCCAGGCUCCUUCGCCCAGACCCAGGUCCCAUCACUGAGACCCAGGCCCCAUCACCCAGACUCAGGCCGCAUAACCGGGACCCAGGGCCCAUCACCCAGGUUCCAUCACCCAGACCCAGGCCCCUACACCCAGACCCAGACCCCAUCGCCCACACCCAGGCUCCAUCACCCAGACCCAGGCCCCAUCACUGAGACCCAGGCCCCAUCACCCAGACCCAGACCCCAUCACCCAGACCCAGGCUCCAUCACCCAGACCCAGGCCCCGUCGCCCAGACCCCAGGCUCCAUCACCCAGACACAGGCUCCAUCGCCCACACCCAGGCCUCAUCACCCAGACCCAGACCCAUCUCCCAGACACAGGCUCCAUCGCCCACACCCAGGACCCAUCUCCCAGACCCAGGCUCCAUCAUCCAGACCCAGGCCCCAUCGCCCAGACUCAGGCCCCAUCGUCCAGACCCAGGUCCCAUCACCCAGACCCAGGCACCAUCACCCAGACUCAGGGCUCCAGCACUCAGACCCAGGCCCCAUCACCCAGACCCAGGCACCAUCACCCAGACUCAGGGCUCCAUCACACAGACCCAGGCCCCAUCACCCAGACCCAGGCUCCAUCACCCAGAUCCAGGUCCCAUCAUGCAGACCCAAGCCCAGGCCCAGGCUCAGGCCCCAUCACACAGAUCCAGGCUCCUUUAGCCAGACCCAGCCCUCAUUCCCCAGAUCCUGACACAAGACCCAUUCCCCAGACCCAGGCCCCAUAA